AAAGGAGUAUCCCAUUCGAGUUACCUAGUCGUUGAAUCCCGAUGUGCCCAUCCGUAUUCACUAGUCACUGCCAGUGCCUUUGGCGACACUAUCGCUCUUCUUUUGGCCUUCAUUGUUGCGAGACGGUCCAAAGCCUCUCCAUGUGAUAGGCAUCUUGGUUGGCAUAUGCCGUCUGGAAGAACAUGCACGGCGACCUGAUUCGUGUCCGAUUGAUGGUACUGGAAGUCGUUGUCAUCAACUCAGACAAAAUUGCAAUGUUGGGUCAACGAUCUGUUAUUUACUCAGGCAGACUUGUCCUUGCGAUGAAUAAACUGUAUGCUCCUUUCCAAUCCGAGUUGUAGCUCAUGUCUUGUCACAGCUAUGGCGUGUGGUAAAAUACGGUCACGUUGCGCUAUAGAUCAGUACCAAGAUCUCAUCCCGCAGCCGGAUAUCGUCAACGGCUGUUAUGAUGGAAAUGAAUGCUCGCUCUUUAUCGAGGCUAUGUUUUUACCUGUGGUAGACACAGGAAGGAGUGGCUUUAUUUUAUGUGACCGAGGUCUCAAUAAUAAUAAAUGCACACCGGGAAUGACCAGUUGCCGAGAUCAGGAUUCUGUCGUUAUUUCGAGGACUCCUGGAACAGAUAUAACAUGUUUGAUCAUGCUCAUUUCGGCCAUACAAGCGCUGGAUGGUUGUAUAUCUAGCACCAACUCCCUCGUCGUACCACGUCCACCAAGUUCCCCACUCCCUCGCACCGAUCCUCUAACACUCAUACAUCCUCUAACAGUACUAGUAUGACCCUAGUCUCAAACGACUCUAGUUGGUGGCCGUUCAUCAAUUCAUAUAUUGUUGGCAGUUAUUUUUCAGUUGCCGCUGUCGUUUUA